AGACACGCCCGGUUGCAUACAUUAUCAGCGACCCCAAACAGUUCGUGUGAACACAAGUUGCUGGCGGUAGACAGAAAUGGCAGUCCCCCUUCCACAUACUGAAGAGACGUCCGAGGGAAACAACUAUCUCAGUAUUAAUAGAUGGGCAUGUAAUCCGCUCACGAAUGUUGAAAACAUAGUAAGAGAUUUCGAAGUGCGACACGACGAUGUGUUCGUCACCGGCUACGCACAAUCUGGUACGGACUGGUUGGCCAGUUUACUUCAACAGUUGUACGACUGGGGUACGCCGAGAGUGACGGACAACGGGUUGAUCCCUACCUUGGAAUUGGCAAGUACUCCAGUUAAAAUGGGAUAUACCGAGUGUACGAGAGCUCCGUCUCCGCGUUUAAUUAAAUCGCAUUUACCGUACCAAUGUUUUCCACGUCAUCACUUUCACGGCAAGACCAUUGUUAUGAUUAGGAACCCCAAGGACGUAUGUGUCGCUCUUUAUGGCUCACUCUGCGCAAACCAACCUGACAAUCAUAUAUUAUCAUGGAACGAUUUUGUUUCUGAAUUUCUAUGCGGGAACCUCCCAUAUGGAUCAUGGAUGGCGCAUAGCACCGACUGGCUGGAAAACAAACCUGCCAACACACUGUUCGUUAAAUACGAGAAUCUUAAAUACAAUCUCCGAAAAGAAAUCGGAAGCGUGUUAGAGUUCCUCGGUCUUCCGGUCACGGGGGCCGCCAUCGAUUCCCUUGCCACGGAUUAUCAACUUUCCGCUACGAUAAAUCUUGGCAACAAACUCGGCUUCUCAAAUAAUGACUGUCGGGCAUACUUCGCAUAUCGUGAUUUUGAUGACGUUGGCUGCUGGAAGAAAUACUUCUCUGUUGCCCAGAGCGACCUUAUGGACGAAGCUCUGUCUGAGAUGAGGGAGAGGGGACACGGAAUGUUUUUGAAAUGACGUCAUGUUCAGCACGUUUAUACGAUAUAUAUUUAAACACUGAAUAUAACAAUAGUUUUGUUUUUUUCUCAAACUUUAACAGAAUGAUUAAAAAAAAUCACUAUAAUGGCAAAAUAAGAAUUAUAAUUCCCAAAAUAAAGUGGCUGAGAAACGCGAGUGUACUAUUGCUAAACAAAAUGCAAGGUAUUUUGUAGUGGUAAUUAUUAUGACAAUAGUUCAUUAACGUGAAUUAUUGUGCACACUCCUUUGAAUGCAUACAAGUAUAGGCUUUUUACCGGAGAAACUUCUAUAUCAAUGAAACAUGCAGGCUUGGACACUUUAAUACAGAAAUAUAACAGUGGCCAAACAGACACUUAUGUUUUUAUACAUAUAUAAACAAUUAUUUUUAUGUACAUUUUUCUUGAAAUGACUAAUUAAUAAAGAGAUGAUGAAAAAAA